AUGGCGGGGCCUGACCCCCGCUUUGCCCUCCCGGAUCCACCGUCCACCCUGCCCGAGACCGGCCCCGGGGGCACAGCAGACCUGCCCCCCGAGAGCUGUCUGUUGUCGCCUUUCAACAGCGGGGUUCCCAAUGGCCGCUGGGCCCACCCCUGCCUGCCCGGGAAACCAAGGCCCAGCUCUGCCUGCCCCCCGUGUGGCCUCGACCCCGCCAUGCCUGCACCCCAGCUCCUGACCCUGCUGGCCGGCCUGCUGGUGUCCUCGCAGGCCGGCCCAGUUCCCCGUGCGGCCAUCGUGGGCGGCAGGAAGGCACGGCCGCAGGAGCUCCCGUUCUUGGCCUCUCUGCAGGAGCAGGGCCAGCACUUCUGUGGGGGGGCCCUGGUGCACCCCCGCUUCGUGAUGACGGCUGCCAGCUGCUUCCGCAGUCGGAACCCAGGGGUCGCCACGGUGGUGCUGGGGGCCUACGACCUGAGGCGCCAGGAGCUGUCCCGGCAGCAGUUCUCCAUCAGGAGCAUCAGCGAGAACGGCUACGACCCCCAGGAGUCCCUCAAUGAUCUGCUGCUGCUGCAGCUGGACCGCGAGGCCAACCUCAACAGCAGCCUGGAGCAGGUGCCGCUGCCCCCCCAGAAUGCCACGGUGCUGGCCGGCACCAACUGCCGAGUGGCGGGCUGGGGGUCCCUGCGGCCCAGGGGGCGCCUCUCCCGUUUCCCCCGGGUUGUCAACGUCACCGUGACCCCCGAGGAUCUGUGCCGGCCUAACAGCGUGUGCACCAGCGUGAUCGGCCGCCGGGGCGGCUUCUGCCGGGGCGACACGGGGACCCCUCUCGUCUGCGAUGGCCUGGCUCACGGGGUGGCCUCCUUCACCCAGGGACCAUGCGGAAGAGGUCCUGACUUCUACACCCGCGUGGCACUCUUCCGAGACUGGAUCGAUUCUGUCCUAAACACCUCGUCAGGUGGGGAAGGGUCCGAGGAGCCACCCACUGAGCCAGUGGGGGACCCCCCAUCGAGCCUUUGGGAGGCCCUGUGACUCCCAGGGAGCCAGCCUCCACCCCUACACCCCCAGGCCUGCAUCCAGCCCCCCUGCCGCCCGCAGUCGGCUAAUAAAGAAGCUUUUCCAUCUGUG